AUGACGACAGCCCCACCACCACCCUCCCAGCGCCAUCCACCACUGUCGACAGUCCGCCAGACAGUCCGCCAGACAGUCCACCCAGUGUCCCCCAGCGGCUCGGCCCUCCACGUGGCGGCAGAGACGGGGGACACAAAGAGAGCGUUCGUCCCGCCCAUGACACCUCAGCCGCUCUGCAUACAAGGGUCAUCUGAAGUUUUAAGACCAGUGUCUGAAUUACCAUCCAAGUUUAGAUCUGUCUUUGAGUUCCCCUAUUUCAACUACGUACAAUCGAAAGCAUUGGAUGAUGUUUUUUACACUGGGAGAAACUUUGUGGCAUCUGCUCCGACCGGAUCUGGGAAAACAGUGUUGUUUGAGCUGGCCAUCAUCCGUCAACUGAUGGAGACUUCUGAGCCGUGGAGCGACUUCAAGGCUGUAUACAUGGCACCGAUCAAGGCCUUGUGCAGCCAGUGCUUUGAGAACUGGAAAAGGAAAUUUGGGCCAUUGGGACUGAAGUGCAAGGAGCUGACCGGCGACACGGAGAUCGACGACUUCUUCGAGAUUCAAGACUCGCACAUCAUUCUGACCACGCCUGUUCAUGUAGUCAAAGAUACGACCCGCGGAGCCACUCUGGAGGUGGUCGUGAGCCGCAUGAAGACGGUGAAUGUUUAUAGAGCUGUUCAGAACCCAAAGGGCGCUGUGUCCAUGAGGUUCGUGGCCGUGUCUGCCACGAUCCCAAACAUCACUGAUAUUGCUGACUGGUUGUGUGACACCAACGGCUCUGCCACUUACCUGAACAUGGAUGAGAGCCAUCGGCCCGUGAAGCUGAGGAAAGUUGUGCUGGGCUUCCCCUGCAGUUCCAGUCAGACUGAGUUCAAGUUUGACCUCACUCUAAACUACAAGAUGGCCAACAUUAUCCAGACCUACUCCGAACAUAAGCCAACUUUAGUGUUUUGCACGACUCGGAAAGGAGCGCAACAGUCGGCUGCGGUUUUGGCAAAGGACGCCCGGUUUUUGAUGACCAUCGAGCACAAGCAAAGAUUGAUGAAAUACGCAAACUCCAUCUUGGAUUCCAAACUCAGAGACAUGUUGGUGCUGGGAGUGGGCUAUCAUCACGCUGGAGUAGAUUUGUCUGACAGGAAGUUGAUUGAAUCUGCGUUCCUGGAGGGAGAUCUUCCAGUACUUUUUACCACGAGGACUUUAGCGAUGGGUGUGAAUCUUCCCGCUCACUUGGUGGUCAUCAAAUCCACAACGACGUACGUAGCCGGAGCCUGUGAGGAGUACAGCGAGGCCGACCUGCUGCAGAUGAUCGGACGAGCUGGACGUCCGCAGUUUGACACGUCUGCGACUGCUGUGAUUAUGACGAAGCUGGAAACGAAAGACAAGUAUUUGUCUUUGAUGAACGGGAUGGAGAUUAUUGAGAGCAGUUUACAUGGAAACCUGGUGGAGCACCUGAACGCUGAGAUAGUUCUCCACACCAUAAGUGACGUCAACAUGGCUCUGGACUGGAUCCGCUCCACGUUUCUCUACAUCAGAGCCCUGAAGAACCCCAAACACUAUGGUUUUUCCACUGAUUUAGACAGACAAGGGAUUGAGUCCAAAUUACAAGAACUGUGUCUGAAAAACCUGAACGCUUUGUCCUCUAUCGGCCUCAUCCACAUGGACGAAGACAUCAACAUCAAGACCACAGAGCCCGGGCGGCUGAUGGCUCGUUACUGCGUCGCAUUUGAGACCAUGAAGCAGUUCAGCCAAAUCACAGGAACAGAAAACCUUUCAGACCUGACUACUCUGGUGUCAAAAAGCAAAGAGUUCAGCGACAUCCAGCUGCGAACGAACGAGAAGAGGCUUUUGAAUACUUUGAACAGAGACAAGAACCGCACCACCAUCAGGGAGGAGCGCGACAGGCGCAGCGGGCUACUCAACGCCGCCUGUAGUGAUGCCCAGGGUGCCCUCGCUCAUGGUGUGCCACCCUCCGCCCACACUGCUGCUUCGCCUGGAUCAGCGGAGAUGUCAGGCUCUGGAUCUGGACCAGGGUCCGACGACGAUGAGGGGGAGUUGGUGGAGCCCUGCGAGGAGGAUGCCCAGUCCUCCUACCAGAGGAUGCGUAUGGCGAUGCCGGUCCAGCCCGCCUCGCCUCCGGUGGACUAUUUACAGUCCCUCGCUCCCUCCCCCCGACGACGCAGACGCGAGGUGGUUGCUCCCAGGAUGGAACCGCUGCUGCAUUAUGCCAGCCCAUCUCCGCCCUCCGCGGGCUCCUCGUCCCACGGCACGGCGUCCGGGUUAUGCGGAGCGAAGAACCCGUGA